UAGACACACUUGGAAUCCGUAAACUGAUGAUAAAAAGCUGCCAAUCUCUGCACCAAAGGCAUAAAUCAGCCAACCGAGGAACUUGGACAACCCCAGGGACUCACCGGCGCAGCCAGUAAAAUCUCCUGCAACGGCGUUAGCUACCAACAUAAAAAUCGAAGUCCGCAGCUCGAGCAGAGGGCAUAGAGACGCUAUCGACGCGAGCCGUAGAGAUGGCCACGCUCGUCGACACCACAGCGGCCUUGGAAGCAACAAAGCUCGACGACGCGGCCGAGCUCAAGCGCCAGCGGCUAAGGGACAAGAAGCGCCGCCAGCGACAAAAACAAAAAGAAAAGAAAAGAUCUCUCACGGAGCGCCGCGACACGCCGGGCAAGGGCCAAGGGUUAUUUGCGACCCAAUCAUUGGAAGAGGGCGCUAUCGUCGCGAGGCAGCCGCCCGCCCUCUCCGUCGUCUUCGACGCGCACUCGCAGACGGUCUGCGGUUUUUGUUUUAAGCCCGAUACUACUGACAAGAAGACCAUUAAACUAGUGAAGAGAGAUGGCAAGGUCGGUGUGGUUUUCGCGGACGACGAGCAUGGGGCGGCGGUGGUUACGAGGUUGUCUGCCACUGGUGCCAACUCGACAGCAGACAUCAAACAAGGAGACGUGCUCAUAGGCGUCCACGGUGCGUUAGUGGCGACGACCGGUCAGGCAUUAGAAGCGCUGCGGAACGCUCCUGCAGCUUUCGAGGCCGUGUUCAUCCGACCAUCCCUACUCAUCUGUCGGGACUGCGGCCGCUUCGCCACCUGUAAAGACUGUGCCGAGCAAGGGAGACAUAAGUGGCACGCUCAUGAAUGUCAACUGUUCCAGAAUCUGCCAUCCUCGUCGAAGCGCGGCGAGACGUCUCCGGUCCGAUUACUACUGCGGUACCGCGCUUCCGCGGACAUCGGCGACUGGUCCACUGAUAAAGAGACCAUCGAUGAAGUGCGUUCACUAGUGACGACGAAGGGCGGCAUCGACGCGUCGACGGCGUUAGCUUUACAAAAGUUAACUGGCGUCCCUUCGGACGUCUGUUCUUUACUCAUCGGAACGAUCCGGGGCAACGCCGCGGCCGUCUUCAGGAACAAUCAUAGGGUGGCGUGCGCGCUGUCGGCGAAGGUCGGCUACUGCAACCACAGCUGCGCGCCGAACUGUAGUGCCUCCGUCGAUGCGGACGGAAAGUGCGUCCUGACCGCUACUACUUCUGUUACGAAGGAUGAAGAACUGACAAUAUCGUACGUCGACGCCAAUCAACCGGUGGAGCAACGUAGAGCCAUCCUCCAAGAGCAUUAUGAAUUUAGAUGCGAGUGUGUGAAGUGCGUCAAGGAUUCGCGCGCUUUGCUGAAGCUGAAGGCGCGGUCGCGGGGCAAGGAGCAUCUGCAGAAUACCUCUAGAUUAGCGCGGGAGCAGUACAUGCACGCCCAUGUGAAGGGGGGGAAGUCGACGGGGGUCUAAGCGCGAUUUUGAAA